AUGAAACCGAAAUCCUCCUAUGUAAGAAGAGUUGUUGCAAUCCUAGCUCCCAUAGGCGGCAUCAUUUUGCUCACCAUCUUGUUCCUUGUCACUUUUAUAUGUAAAAGGAGAACACAACAACAGCAUGAGAUGGAAGAAGAGGAAGAGUUUGGGGAGCUACAAGGAACACCAAUGAGAUUCACAUUUCAACAGCUAAAAGCAGCAACUGAGCAGUUCAAAGACAAGCUCGGGGAAGGAGGAUUUGGGUCUGUUUUCAAGGGACAAUUUGCUGAUGAAAGGAUUGCGGUAAAACGUUUGGAUCGAUCUGGCCAGGGCAAAAGAGAAUUUUCGGCAGAGGUUCAGACAAUUGGCAGCAUUCACCAUAUUAAUCUGGUGAGAUUGAUUGGUUUCUGUGCAGAGAAAUCCCACAGGCUCUUGGUAUAUGAGUACAUGCCCAAAGGAUCCUUGGACAGAUGGGUCUAUUGUCGACAUGACAAUGAUGCUUCUCCUCUGGAUUGGAGCACGCGGUGCAAGAUUAUAACUCAUAUAGCUAAGGGCCUCUCUUAUCUUCAUGAGGAGUGCACAAAACGAAUUGCUCAUUUGGAUGUCAAACCACAAAACAUCCUCUUAGAUGAUGACUUUAAUGCUAAACUUUCUGAUUUUGGACUAUGCAAACUCAUAGACAGGGAUAUGAGCCAAGUGGUUACCAGAAUGAGAGGCACACCUGGAUAUUUAGCUCCUGAAUGGUUGACAUCACAGAUCACGGAAAAGGCGGAUAUCUACAGCUUCGGCGUCGUGGUCAUGGAAAUCAUCAGUGGAAGAAAGAACCUCGACACUUCCCGGUCAGAAGAGAGCAUCCAUCUCAUCAGCCUAUUGGAGGAAAAGGUGAAGAGUGAUCGGUUGGUAGAUUUGAUUGACAAUAACAGCAACGACAUGCAAGCACACAAGCAAGACGCAAUUCAGAUGAUGAUGCUUGCAAUGUGGUGCUUGCAGAUUGAUUGCAAAAAAAGGCCUAAAAUGUCUGAGGUGGUAAAAGUAUUGGAAGGUGCGAUGAAUAUAGACAUCAACAUAGAUCAUAACUUUGUUGUGAAUACAGCAAAUUUUGGUAGUCUUGCAAAUGUGAGCUCUUCAGCUCCACCUCUAGCUUCAGAUGUAUCAGGCCCCAGGUGA